GUGAAAUUAAAGCUAUUCCUAUUAUUAAAUUGCUAAACGAAAAAAAAUCCACAAGAGUUGAACGUAAAGUUGAUAUGAAAGAAGUGUUGAUAAAGACUUCCAAUAAAUUCGAAAUCAUUUAUGGAGAAAUUUCUGGUGGUCUAAGCCCUUCUGGACUACUUGCAGAAAAUGUUACGAGAUAA